AUGUUUCACCUGUGGAUUUCCCUCCUUAUCGCGAAGGUAGCCAAUGGCCAGAACGACUACGUCUCUAUCUUGGCUGGGGACAAGCUACUUAUCGAUGGUGGCCAGGCUGCAUACAGCCCUAAGUAUCCUUCAUACGACAACAGGACUUGGAUUAUAGACCUCUCAAAAAGUUGGACAAAUGUCUCUGUUCAGCCAGCGUCGGUCUACCGAUCUCGCGAACAACCGCGAUUUAGGUAUGGGAGUCUAUGGUACGACCCGACGACGGAAUCUGUAUACUCCUUUGGUGGUGAAUUGGGCAGAGAUGGCGGCACAGUUAAGUCUUCAGGAUCUACCGCGCCUCUAGAGGAUUCUAUUUGGCAAUUCACGUUCAACGAGGAUCAUACCUCCGGUGAGUGGUCUGAGGCUCUAGGUCCGCGAGGGACAAAGGGUCCAUUUCCCAGCGACAUCUCAAGCUCAAUAUCUGGAGCCACUGCAAGCGAUGGCAGACAGGCGUACUAUAUUGGGGCCCGGACAUCCAAGUUUUGCUCAAACAAGGCGGGUAACACAACAGUACACAGUCUUCCUGGGCUGAUAACCUUCGACUUUGCCACUGCGACUCUGGAAAACUCAACAAACGAUGGUUCUUAUUUCGCUUCAAAACUUGGAGAAAUUUCGACAGAGGACACCACGUCGUUAGCCACAGCCGGUGUGAUGACUUAUGCCCCGUUCUUCGGCACUGAGGGGAUCUUUGUGAUUGUAGGCGGGUUUGAGGCUGACGACGGCGGCCAAACCAAGCAAUGGGCCAACAACAUCACGAUCUAUGAUCCCUCUACGCGGCUUUGGCAUUAUCAACGAGCCACUGGCAACAUACCGGAAAUGCGCCGGAACCGUUUCUAUUGCGGCUUUGGAGCUUAUGACUCCAGUCUUUCGACUUACGACAUUUUUCUAUUUGGCAAUUUUGCAAGUGAUAAUACCUUUUACGUUCUAUCACUCCCAUCCUUCAGGUGGCAUGCCACAGGCCUUAUUUCAAGUCCUGGGCGAACCGAGAUGACUUGUACCUCAACAAAGAAUCGCCAAGCGAUAAUUGUCGGGGGCACAAGCACCGACCCAGCAAGCUAUCCUGAUCCCCAAAAUUGGGAGGCGCAAGAUCCAUGGACGAAAGGCAUCCACGUAUUCGACAUGACUGCGCUGGACUUUGCAGACAAGUACGAUGCUAAUGCUCCUCCAUACGAGGCAUCGGCUUUGAUUCGAGAUUCUUACAAUUCAAGGUUCUUAGCCCCUUUUCCCGCGAGAUUGGAGUAUGCGUGCUGA